GUGUGUCUCCUUGCCCAGUCCGCCCAAGACCCACCCCUUCUGCCACCUCAGCUCUCUCUGGAUCCACUGUGUCCCAGCUGGGACAGUCCCCUGAGCUCCAAGGACAUGGAGGAUGAGGAGGGCCCAUGGGGAGGGGGGUCUGGCCUGCCACCCACAGGCUCCCUCCCUGGCCCCUGGAGCCAGGAUGUGGACCUGGAUUGCAAGGGCUCCCCCGAGGGGGCUGAGGCCCGGUCCUGGACAGCCUACUACUACAGCCUCCUUCAGAGCUGCCUGCAGCACGCUGGCCUCCCGGAGACCCAGGACCGCAGCCAGGCGCCCCGCACAGGUCGCCCUGGGGCAGAGGUGACCCUGUGCGUUCUGGGAUCCCCCAGCACCUUCCUGUCCGUGCUGCUCGAGGGUGGGGUCCAGAGCCCGGGAAACAUGCUCCUUUGUCUGUCCCCUGCUUGGCUGACGAAGGUGCCAGCGACCGGGGAGCUGGGUGAGGCAGCCCUGCUGGUCUCCAAGGCUGUGAGCUUCCACCCAGGGGGCCUGACAUUCCUGGAUAACUUUGUGCCCCCACGCCAGGCCACCUACUUCCUGGCAGACGUGGGGCCAGGGCCUGGCUGGGGUAGAGAGGCAGCAGAGCUGGCCCGUGACCUGGCCUGCCCCCGGGGCACUUCAGCAGAGCUGGCCCGCCUGCUGGAGGACCGGCUGCUGACCAGGCGGUUGCUGGCCCGACAGGGGGGCGUGGCCGUGCCCGCUACCCUGGCCUUCACCUACAAAUCGCUGGGGCUGCUGCAGGGCGGGGAGGCCAGGCCUGGACUUCGGCUGGUGGAGCUGAGCUGCAAAGAGGGCCAGGAGGCCCUAGUGAAGGAGGAAGUGGGGGCCUUCCUGCACUCCCAGGCCCUGGGGGAUGCCCUGCAGGUGGCUGUGAAGCUCAGUGGCUGGCGCUGGCGUGGGAGGCAAGUCCUACGUCUGCACCCAAGGACGGAACUAGGUGCUGUGGUGGAUGCAGUGCUGGCCAUGAUGGAAAAGUUGGAGGAGGAGGAGAGCAUCCUAGUGGAGGCCGUGUGUCCACCUGUCUGGCUGGCCAGCCCAGAUAACCCCCCAUCAGGUCCUGAGCUGGCUGUUCGCAUCUGUGCUGUGGUAUGUUGCACCCAGGGUGACAGACCUCUGCUGAGCAAGGUGGUGUGUGCUGUGGGCCGUGCGGACCGGCCGCUGCGGCAUCACAGCUCCCUGCCACGGGCGCUGGACGUGGCCCUGGCCCAGUGCGGCCUGCGCGAGGCGGCCCAGGUGGAGGCCGUGCGGCGGCGCGUCAAGGCGGCGGCAGAGGCCGCGCUGGCCGCCGUGCUGGCCCUGGAGGCCGGCCUGAGCGCCGAGCAGCGCGGUGGACGCCACGUCCGCACCGACGUGCUGGGCGUGGACUUCGCACUGACGGUGUCCGGCCGCGAGCUGCUCCCCGUGGCCCUGGAGCUGAACAGCGGCCUGUGCCUGGAGGCGUGCGGUGCGCUCGAGGGGCUCUGGGCCGCGCGGCGUAUGGGGGUGGUGGGCGAGGAGGCGGCGGCGGCGCCCCUCGUGGAGACCAUGCUCCGGCGCUCGGGGCGCAGCCUCAUGGAGGGCAAGCAGCUGCUGCUGGUCGGUGCAGGCGGUGUCAGCAAGAAGUUUGUAUGGGACGCAGCGCGAGAUUACGGACUCAAGCUGCACCUGGUGGAGUCGGAUCCCAACCACUUUGCCUCGCAGCUGGUGCACACUUUCAUUCACUUCGACGUCACGGAGCACCGCAGGGACGAGGAGAAUGCCCGGCUGCUGGCUGAUCUGGUGCGGGCGCGCGGCUUGCAGCUCGAUGGUUGCUUCUCCUACUGGGACGACUGCCUGGUGCUCACCGCCCUGCUCUGCCAGGAGCUAGGACUGCCCUGCAGCCCGCCGGCCGCCAUGCGCCUGGCCAAGCAGAAGAGCUGCACCCAGCUGCACCUGCUGUGCCGCCGAGGCCCCCCAUGGCCAGCGCCCGCCCUGCAUGCCGUGCCCUGCUGCCCGCUGCAAAGCGAGGCAGACGUGGAGCAGGCUGUCCGCCAAGUGCCUCUGCCGGGCGUCAUGAAGCUGGAGUUUGGGGCAGGUGCGGUGGGUGUACGGCUGGUGGAGGACGCAUCGCAGUGCCAUGAGCACUUUUCCCGGAUCGUCCGAGACCUGCAAGGUGAGGCGGACCACCCUGGCAUCGGGCUGGGCUGGGGCAAUGCCAUGCUGCUGAUGGAGUUCGUGGAAGGCACUGAGCACGACGUGGACUUGAUCCUGUUUGGCGGGCAGCUGCUGGCGGCUUUUGUCUCGGACAACGGUCCCACGCGGCUGCCCGGCUUCACUGAGACCGCAGCUUGCAUGCCCACCGGGCUGGCCCCGGAGCAGGAGGCUCAGCUGGUUCAGGCGGCCUUCCGCUGCUGCCUGGGCUGCGGGCUGCUGGAUGGGGUCUUCAACGUGGAGCUCAAGGUGACCAAGGCAGGGCCAAGGCUCAUUGAGAUCAACCCACGCAUGGGCGGCUUCUACCUAAGGGACUGGAUCCUGGAGCUCUACGGCGUCGACCUGCUGCUGGCUGCCGCCAUGGUGGCCUGUGGCCUGCGGCCCGCCGUGCCCGCCCACCCGCGAGCCCGCGGCCACCUGGUGGGCAUCAUGUGCCUGGUGUCCCAGCACCUGCAGGCGCUGAGCUCCACCGCCAGCCGCGAAGCCCUGCAGGCCCUGCACGACCGGGGUGUGCUGCGUCUCAACGUGCUGGAGGAGGCCCUGGUGCCCGGCGAGUACGAAGAGCCGUACUGCAAUGUGGCCUGUGCGGGCGCCAGUCCUGCCGAGGCCCGCCACCGCUUGCUGGGCCUCUGCCAGGGCCUGGGCAUCGAUGGGCCGCACUACCCCGUGGCCCACUUUCUGUCUCACUUCAAAUAG